CGGGACAAAGGUCGCCGUCGCCAAGUCGACUGCAUGACUGGCCCAACGUCACGCUUUACCUCCAGUCUUCGUCAUCGUCUGCUUAGACGAUCAUUUAUAUUUUUAAAUAAAUUUAAACUCUUUUUUUUCUUGUGGAUUUAUUUUUUACAAUAAUCAUUGACGUAGUAUGAUAAAGUGAAUAUCAAAUUUAAUCAAUAUUAGUAAGCUAUCAAUCGAACAUAAAUUUUAAAAAAUGCAUUGGUUAACUUUUGUGAUUCUGAGUGGUUUUAUAUAUUUUUUAAAUGUGAAUGCGUUUAUGUUAAUUGACCCCUUAAAAAGCGUAUGGUCUUCUCUCUAUUUAGGGAAAUUGAGUAGCGCCAGUGAUAGCAAUAUGGCUUCUAAUGGAAAUAUUAUGGUAGCCGAAGAACCUCAACACAAAUGUUCAGCAUGUAUAAAAAACCGAGUGACCCCAAACGAAGAAAUUGAACAUAUUCUCAAUGAAAUUAGAGUUGAAUACGUAAAACAACAAAUUUUAAAGAAACUUAGACUAGAUAAGCCACCAGAUGUUUCAAUUUCACUGUCAACGUUACCAAAGCCUCUAAUAAAUGGAUACGUGCUUGAACUACGACCUGGUGAACCUUUUGAAUCAGAGAAACAAGCAGAAAGCUUUUACGGGAAAACAGAUCAAAUUGUCGUUUUUCCAAAUGAAGGCAUAGCAGAUAUGAAAAACUGUCGUCAAAAUUCAAAUCAUUUGACGGGUUUUAGUCCUGCAGCGUGUUUCACUUUUAACCUUCCGACAGAAAUGCAAUUUGUUGAUGUAACUUCAGCUGAUCUUUGGUUUUACAAAGAAAAUGAUGAGAAUGAUGUUUAUGGUCAAACAUUUGUUUUGGCAGAAUUGGAUCAUUGGGAUCAAGGUGGAAGUUUUGAAAAAAAUACAAUCAUGGCAAUUUUUGAAACUUCUAUUGAAGAGGGUUGGGUAAAAACUGAUGUUGCGUUUACUGUGAGAAAGUGGGUAGAGCGGCGAAUCCUUAAUCACGCGAUUCAAAUAGCAUGCAGCACAUGCUCCAUUGAUCGUGAAACUGCUCCAGUAUCUACUGAACUAACGUUAAAGCCUUUUCUGGUAAUUCAUACAUCACCAUUGCUUCCUAAAAAUCGACCGAAACGGAAUUCCAAUUGUUUGCCAGAAAUGAAAGAAUGCUGCCGGGAUCAACUAUAUAUAAGCUUCGAUGAAAUCGGGUGGAGCGAUUGGAUUCUUCAUCCUAGUGGAUACCAUGCUUACUUUUGUCGUGGGUCAUGUUCAUCUGCAGCAUCCCUGAUUAUGAGUGGUUCGCCUUACAACAAUAUUUUAAGAAAAUGGUUAAUGAAAAAUGGCGGACAAAGCGAGAUUGUGCCUUGCUGCUCGCCGACUCAGCUUUCCCCAAUUCAGCUGCUUUACGUGGAUUCUAACAACACGAUAACCCAAAAAACACUUCCAAACAUGGUCGUAGAAGCUUGUGGUUGCAUGUGAGACUAAAUCUUCUAACGUGGAACAACCAAGUCCUUUUAUUUCAGCGUGAAAGCUGUUACUGUGGGUGGUUCACGUAAGACUCGUAUCAACGACAAAUUGUGUUCAAAAUGUGAUGCUCAGUUUCUUUUCUCUCGCUCGCUGUGGUUACCUUCAAUGAGGACUAAAGAAGAAAGUAGAUAGAGUAAAAUAAAAAAAAAAGAGAUAAAGAAAAUAAAGAGACGUAGAGAACAUUUGAGAGAAAGGAUUUUGCGACGAAAAAAAAAAGAAGAGUAAUAGUGAAACGUGUCGGAGCGACCACUCGUGAAGAUCCUCUCACGUCGGGAAGAGAAUGGUAUUCUCGAGUUUUUCUCUUCAGUACGUUUAUGUUAUUGUAUUAUAUGAACAACAGAUACUACACUCUUGUUAUUUAUAGACAAUGUAAUAAAAGUCUUCAAAAUGAGAAAGGUACUGAAUGAUGAAAAAUAAGACAGUAUUUUUUUUUAUAAGUGUUAAUCUUAAUUUGGGUUCUUCACUCCAGUUUAUUAUCGGGAAAACAAAUCUACAUAUUAUUAAUUGUAUAUAUCAAUCAGAAUAUAAUCAUUACUUAGGUUUUUC